AAGCGGCAGUUAGUAUAGCGACCGUCGAGCGCUUGUAAGCGCUAUACGUAAGUAGCUGCGUAGAAUUAUAGUAUAAUUUUUGUUUUCAUUCGUGUUCCGUUUGUGGGGCAGUUUAUCGUCGCGUUUGCCCUUCGUUUCGAUUUUUCCGGUACGGUUCGUGGUAGUGAUAUACGAUCUUGUUCUUCGUGGAAACGCGAAAUAUGGGGUUCGAGUAUCGUUAACAAUGUCAUAUUCCGGCGUUACCGUGAUACGUUCUGUGACAGUGAAUUAGUGGUGGUGAGCAUCAUCGAGCACCGAUUACUAUGAUGACCAGCUGACGGAUAGAUUAUUCUUCCACGUCCCUACGGCGUCAACGGGAUUGCCAAAAAUACUGGAAGGAUGUUGGGUGGCGUGGGAGGCCGGCACAUGUCUACGCGUCGGCGUGGCAGUAGCCCGCUGGUGCGUGGAGGUGCGGGCCUCGUUGGAUACGCUGGACCGGGGGCCUCUGGAAAUUCCAACGAUGCUGCUAUACCACCGGAUGUGCAGAGAUACGCUGCCAGAAGGCGCGGGGCUGUUACCACCAGCGAUCACAAGAGUUGCGCUCUUGUGCAGACCCGUAUUAAACUCGGCGAUAUCAUGUGA